UGACCACUCUGGAGAAGUGCAGUGGUUACGUGUGGUCACUAACCGGCACCAGAGUCAUCUGGGGAGUGAAAAUGCAGAUUCCUGAGCUCUGCGCCGCUGGGUUUUGCCAGGAAUCAGGAUGCAUUUGCACCCAACAAAAUCAGUAAAUACAUGUGCCUGACUGGUGUGGCGGUGCAGCCUGGUGUGCCUCAGUUUCGAGUUUGGCAAAGUGCUGACUGGCUUGUGAGAGCCGUGGGGAGAAAUGCCUUUGAGGACAGCAACAGUCCAUGCAGCUGGCCCCCUCGCACCUAGCACCUGAAGAAGGCUUGUCAUUCUUCCUUAGCACCGAAGUGAAAGGACAGCGGAAGGGCAGACGGUCGAGAGUGCCCGCUCCAGAGGUGAUGAGUGAGGGCUCUGUGGUUAGACAGUUGGGGUUCACGGCCUGGCUGUGCCACCUGUCAGCUGUGUGACUUUGUGUGGUUGCUAUGACUCCGUGGGUCCCUUCCCCCUUCUGCACGUGGUUGGAGCUCCUGACGGGCGCUGCCCUGGACCUUGCAUGGCAGCCUUGGCGGGUUGGUGAGCAUCCAGUCUUGCUGGCUGCUGCUCUGCGGUCUCACGAACAUUCUUCCAGGCUUCUGGGCAGUGUCAGGCUCUGAUCAGUUGGGAGGGUCCAGCUGACUUCGUGGUUGGAACAAGGCACACCUGCGAGCCCCGAGGGGUGAUUACUGCUCUAAAGUUGGACAUUGGAGGAAGAUCCAUUAGGCCGUCAGAAUGGAAACGAGGAAAGGAAAUCGACUGACGCAGGAGCCAGAGUGAGACUGACGAGCCUGCAAACCCAGCCCGCACCAUGAACUUGUGUCUUCCUUCUACAUUUUAAGAGCCAAGGGCAGGUGAAGUUGCUGGAGAGCAAUGGCUCUCUUUACUCCGUGGAAGCUAUCCUCUCAGAAGCUGGGCUUUUUCCUUGUGACUUUUGGCUUUAUCUGGGGUAUGAUGCUCCUGCAUUUUACCAUCCAGCAGCGAACUCAGCCCGAGAGCAGCUCCAUGCUGCGUGAGCAGAUCCUGGACCUCAGCAAGAGGUACAUCAAGGCGCUGGCAGAGGAAAACCGGAAUGUGGUGGAUGGGCCGUAUGCCGGCGUUAUGACAGCUUACGAUCUGAAGAAAACUCUUGCCGUGCUGUUGGAUAAUAUCUUGCAGCGCAUUGGCAAGUUAGAGUCAAAGGUGGACAAUCUUGUAAUCAAUGGCACAGGAACAAACUCGACCAACUCCACCACAGCCGUUCCCAGCUUGGUCGCACUUGAGAAAAUUAAUGUGGCAGAUAUCAUCAAUGGAGCUCAAGAAAAAUGUGUAUUGCCUCCUAUGGAUGGCUACCCCCACUGCGAGGGGAAAAUCAAGUGGAUGAAAGAUAUGUGGCGCUCGGAUCCCUGCUACGCAGAUUACGGAGUGGAUGGGUCCACCUGCUCUUUUUUUAUUUACCUCAGUGAGGUUGAAAACUGGUGUCCUCAUUUACCUUGGAGAGCAAAAAAUCCCUAUGAAGAAGCUGAUCACAAUUCACUGGCAGAAAUUCGUACGGAUUUUAAUAUUCUCUACAGCAUGAUGAAAAAGCAUGAAGAAUUCCGGUGGAUGAGACUCCGGAUCCGGCGAAUGGCUGAUGCGUGGAUCCAAGCAAUCAAGUCUCUGGCAGAAAAGCAGAAUCUUGAGAAGAGAAAGCGGAAGAAAGUCCUCGUUCAUCUGGGACUCCUGACUAAGGAAUCUGGAUUUAAGAUAGCGGAGACAGCUUUCAGUGGUGGCCCUCUUGGUGAAUUAGUUCAGUGGAGUGAUUUAAUUACAUCUCUGUACUUACUGGGCCAUGACAUUAGGAUUUCAGCUUCACUGGCUGAGCUCAAGGAGAUAAUGAAGAAGGUUGUAGGAAACCGAUCUGGCUGUCCAACUGUAGGAGACAGGAUUGUUGAGCUCAUUUAUAUUGAUAUCGUAGGACUCGCUCAAUUCAAGAAAACUCUUGGGCCAUCCUGGGUUCACUACCAGUGCAUGCUCCGAGUCCUGGAUUCAUUUGGUACUGAGCCAGAGUUUAACCAUGCUAACUAUGCCCAGUCUAAAGGCCACAAGACACCCUGGGGCAAAUGGAAUCUGAACCCACAGCAGUUUUAUACCAUGUUCCCUCAUACCCCAGACAACAGCUUUCUGGGAUUUGUGGUCGAGCAGCACCUAAACUCCAGCGACAUCCACCACAUUAACGAAAUCAAAAGGCAGAACCAGUCCCUUGUGUAUGGCAAAGUGGAUAGCUUCUGGAAGAAUAAGAAAAUCUAUUUGGACAUUAUUCACACUUACAUGGAAGUACACGCGACUGUUUAUGGCUCCAGCACGAAGAAUAUUCCCAGUUAUGUGAAAAACCAUGGUAUCCUCAGUGGACGAGACCUGCAGUUUCUUCUCCGAGAAACCAAGUUGUUUGUUGGACUUGGGUUCCCUUAUGAGGGCCCAGCUCCCCUGGAGGCCAUCGCAAAUGGAUGUGCUUUUCUGAAUCCCAAGUUCAGCCCACCCAAAAGCAGCAAAAACACAGACUUUUUCAUUGGCAAGCCAACUCUGCGAGAGCUGACAUCCCAGCAUCCCUAUGCUGAAGUUUUCAUCGGCCGGCCCCACGUUUGGACGGUUGACCUCAGCAAUCAGGAGGAAGUGGAGGAUGCCGUGAAAGCAAUUUUAAGUCAGAAGAUUGAGCCAUACAUGCCAUAUGAAUUCACAUGUGAGGGAAUGCUACAGAGAAUCAAUGCUUUCAUUGAAAAACAGGACUUCUGCCAUGGGCAAGUGAUGUGGCCGCCCCUCAGUGCCCUGCAGGUGAAACUUGCUGAGCCCGGCCAGUCCUGCAAACAGGUGUGCCAGGAGAACCAGCUCAUCUGUGAGCCUUCCUUCUUCCAGCACCUCAACAAGGACAAAGACCUACUCAAGUACGAGGUGACCUGCCAAAGCUCAGAACUGGCCAAGGACAUCCUGGUGCCCUCCUUCGACCCCAAGAACAGGCACUGUGUGUUUCAAGGUGACCUCCUGCUGUUCAGCUGCGCGGGCGCCCACCCCCGGCACCGGAGGGUCUGCCCCUGUCGGGACUUCAUCAAGGGCCAGGUGGCUCUCUGUGAAGACUGUCUAUAGCGGCCCCUGGCUCGGCCCCACACUCACUCUGGGGGGGAAACAGUGGCUCCGGCCCCACUGGGACAGGGCCAGGGGGCAGACGUCAUGUCCUUCAGGGACUCUCGCCAGAGCCUGAACUUUAUGCUGGAAGGUUUCGAUCUGGUAUUGCUCCUUCUGCGGUCCGAGCACCACAGCGGAGUUCUCCCCAAAACAGAAGGAGCAGAUGCCAGGCUGGGAGCCUGGCUUCUCCCUGGCACAACUUUGUUUUUAUUUCUCGAGGAGACUGUGUCACUGCAGCUGCUCCGAGGUAGAGAGUCUCAAGAUUGAUUUAAAACAGAACCAGGAGGAAUGGAGCUUGUCGGAAAGAACUGUAUACGGGAACAUUCCUAAACCCAGUAACUUAUUUAUUUGGGAGGGAGGGAGGGGGAACAGGGGAGGGCAAAGAGGGAUGGCUCACACGUCUUGUUUCUCUGAUUUCCCACUGUUUACCGUCCACCUUCACUGUAUUAUUACUCCUGUCUGCUUCCGGAAGGAAGCAGGAGGGAGACAGGGUGCACUGUGGGGCCGGUGGCUCACUUGAGGGCAGCUGCGGGGACCGAGCUCCUCAAAGUGGAUGGUGGCAGAACAAAAGAAAAUCUUGUGUGUGCUUUGCCUGUGUUGUUGUCCGAGAGCCCAGCCAGGGACCAAAGAUGGGGCCGCUUUGCAGUGAGAGCUCCUUUCCUUGACCCUCUCCCCUUCCCCCUCCCUCCCGCCAUCACACAUACGCACGCAGGGACGCAUACACCUUGGCCCUAAUUUCUGAUGAGGAUCCCUUUAGGAAAGAAAUGCAGGAUUGGGGAAGUGACAUUUGUUAGUUUUUGGUAAAUCCACCCUCCCUCCAACGCCAUUGAAAGGAGGAAAGUAGAAACAUGGGUCACACUUGUUUACUCCUGAAGAGGGUUAUCCGAGCUGGGUGUGGACAGGCAUGAAGCUAAGAACUGGUGAUGCCACCAGAGCUGUGCUCCAGACAGGCAAGGGCUUGGGUUCUGUUCCUUCUCAGGGCUGAUGUCACCGGAGUCGCAGGAAUGAGGCGCUCAGUGUACCUGAUGUUGGCAGGGGCGGCAGGGGCAGGCCAGGACUAAUGUGGUGUGUGGUCCUGGCUCAUCACCCAUGGGUGUGGGUGUGUGUCUUGCACAGGGUUGGAGUCUGAUGCUGGCUCUUACUCGAGGCUUGAAUAUUCUGAGAGGGAUAUUCUGAGUUGGCAGGUUGGCCCAGUCAGACUCACGGAUGCCCCCACUAGCCUCUGGAGUUCCUUGUCUCUGCUGAGGUGGGAGCUCCCCAUGCCCAUCUGGCCCUGCUUCAGUGCCCGGGCUAGAAGUAUGUGUGUUUCCUGUGAAGCCCCUGGCACUUCCAGCCUGCUAACAGUGAGCCCUCUUCUCCUUCUUGCAGAACAUCCCAGUCAUGAGUUGUGGCGUGAUCCACCCAGCCCUCGCUGGUGGUUCUGAGUGCCUUGGUCACCUAGCACCACGCUCCACCCCUGCAGCUCUGUGCUUCCUGGCACCCUGGCUGCCUCGGCCGGGCAGAAUGGUCGGGCAGGGCUGAUGGCUGGAUGGGCCUUCAGGAAGGGAGCUAAACCAGGAAUCCUGCCUCGUGAGGACCACAGGGCAUGUGAGCCUUUAGGUAUGGCAAGUUAGAUUGUGCCUGCUUCUGGAAUCUUCCCUAGUGCAUAAAUAGUAUCAAAUGCACAGCCAGCCUUUUUAUUUCUUAGACUCUCAGUGGGUCUGAAUUUCACCUCUAAUCCCAGAGAGAGAAGGGAGUGAGGAGCAGCAGCCAGGGUCUCCCCCACGUUGCGGGUGGCCCCUGAGCGCAUGUGACAGGGAGGGUUCUGACAGGGAGACCUGUACCCUGAACGUGGGUGCAGAGGUCCCCUCAGGAACUAGCUGAAAGCACUGUCUGCCUGGGCCAAGCAGCAAGGGCUUAAGUCCAGAGGGAAUCUUGGUGUUAAGGUGUGUUUGUGUUUUUGUGUGUGUGUGUGUGUGUGUGUGUGUGUGUGUGUGUGUGUGUGUGUGUGUAUGAAUGUUCCUGCAAGUUUUGCAAGGGCAAUUUCUGCUGUAGGAGAAACAACUGCCUUCCGUGUAGUUAGGAACUGCUGUUCCCUAUGAAUGGGCCUCUGGAUUUCACCCUAGGUUGUGGGAAUUCCCCUGAGCUCCGAGGGCUACAAUUCCUGGGCCAGUGCCGCCCCCUCCUGGGCUCUUCUGGGAGCUUCCAGAGGUGAGGGUGUCAUGCAGGCAUUGGGCCAGCAGGGGGAGCCUGCGGGCUAAGUCUUGAUUCUCUAGGUUGGCCAGAUUAACCCAUUUUGUAGAGCUGUUUCAAUAAGCACAGGGACUCAGAAGGAAAGGAAGCUGGAAAGCACGGUUCCAAGAAAGAUGCUGCGCAGGCCUGGCGCUCCAGAAGCUGCAGGGAUUGUUUGUGGCUGUCCUGUUUGCUGAGCUCAGGGCCUCUCCACCUCCCCUUUCCUCUCCAUCAGGACUCAGGUCUAGCAGUCCAGCCGAGCACUUUCCCACCCUUGAACAUUGCUGUGCCCCACCUCCCCCGCAGUCCAGUAGUGGCCAGAAGAACCCCGACUUCCACAGGUGGGGCUUCUGCUUCUGGGGCAAACCCACACUCCAUGUGUCCAGGGCAUUUUGCACAGAGGCAGCAACACCCAAAUGUAUAGCAGCUCCCAGGGCACCACUGCUAUGGCCCAAGUCUGAUCAGUGUCCCCCCCCCCAAGAGGAAAUUGGGGAGGGGGCUUCCAUCUGUCCUGUGUGGAAGGGGCACAGUUCCUGGCUGCCCUGGGAGAGGACUGUGCCUCUCACAGUAUAGCUGGGAGCCUUUGGUGGUUUUGCUACUGCCAAUCUGAACAGAAUCCUCCACCAAUGUUUAAUUGAUUUCCACAGGGACAGAGAUCCUAAGUCAGGAUCAGUGUCUUCCUGUGUCGUAAGCAUACCUUGCCUGUCUGUAAGUUUUUGUCCAUUUUUUCUCCUAAGUGAACUUUGCCCCCCCCCAUGAUCCUAAAUUCUUAAACAUGAGGGAAAUUUAUCUAAUUUAUUAAGAGAAAGCUUUCCUUUGAAACAUAAACACUUUCAGGAGUGAAAACUCCCGAAAGGGGAAGCACACUUCUUUUAAUGCCAGUAAAAGCCUCCUUUAUUUCAUGUAUGUAAUUUGAUUUGCACAUGUACAAAUGGAGACACUUUUUUUGCAUUUUUGCCAGAUUGGGUUUUCAUCACUGCUUUAGUUUGCCUUUUUUGUGUGUGUUUGCUCUAUGUUUUGAACUAUUAAGAGUGUUUCUUUGAUAUUUAUUGUUUUUCUGAUGUGCCUUUUCACUUUUCUUUGGGGUUGGUUUUUAGAAUCUGGGUACCAUGUAAGGAAGAUCGUAGACCCCUCCAGUUUGAAGACAGGACACAUCCUUGUGUCAAGAAGGGUGCUCAGGCUGGGCACCAGGAAUACCCUCCCAGCCCCCUAGGCCACGGCAUCUGUGCUCUUACACCCCCGUGAGGCCAGGAGAACCCCCAAGAGAAGGGCUGGCUUCCUCCCGGGCUGCUCCACAUCUUUGGAUCUGAGGACUGCUGGUCACCAACGUGCCAACAGGCCUGUGCUCCCCACAGCUCGGGCACCCGCUGAGGUGUGGCUGGGGCAGAGGACCAGUCCUAUCUGAGAGGUUGCACUGGGAGAAGAGCAGUCCCCACUGAAACACUUGAUCUGAUCAUCAUAAAGGGGAAAGAACAUGCACCUCUGUUGUUUCCUUAGGGAACACGGUUUAUUUUAGGAAAGGUGACAAAACUGUAUGCUGGCUACAGGUGGAUUUGUGCUUUAGGGACCAAGGCAGGCCACCCCAUUUCUCCAAGGUGGUUUACCUAGAUUGUGUAUAUAAUUGGGACAAGUACCACCCUUUGCCAUGCCCCCAAAAUCCUUGACUUAAAAAAAAAAAGAAAAGUCUAUUUUGUUAACGACAGGCUCCGUUGGGUUACUCUCCCAAGCCUGGAUUACUUUAUUUAUUUUAAAAUAUUUUAAUUUCCACUUGGCUUCGUUCUAAUGCCAUCCAUCCCUGUAGGGCUGCCGAGCAUGUCCACGGGAAGAGCUGGAUGGACAGAAGAUGCAGACUUCUUUAGGGAGGUGGGGGUUUCCUCAAGUGGAGGGGGAGUCCUUUCAUUCCUGUCGGCUUCUUACCUUCUUAUAGCAAAAGGGCAGAUUAGCUGUAUAGUCUCCGAUGCUUUAGCACUUAGGGCGUUUGUGAGGACUCCGUGUUUAGCCGUGUCUGGCACAUAGUAAGCCCUCGUAAAUGUUAAAUAUUGUUUAUUAUUAGCAUUUCAUAAAAUUUGAGAAAUAGCUAAGUAAUACCUACAUGAAAAUACUCCUCCAAGUUGAUGGAAUGUUGUAGGAAUUUCUGGUUAAAGAUGUUAGGAUGUCCGAGUCCCAUGCCCCUCCUGCUGAUUGAAAUGUUACUGUACCCCUGAAUGCACUGAUUUGCAGAUAUACCCGACUUCAGCCCCAGAUGCAACAAGGCUGUAAGAAUGUAUAAACUGGAGAUGAAAAGGGUGAUCCACAUGCUGGACCUCACCCCUUGAUGUCUUCUGGACCAUUCUAGGGUUCUUCUUUGUAGAACUUUUUGAGCAAGAAUUAAAAUAAGUUCUAUGAUUGUACCCCUUAAAUCAAAGUUAACUAUAUUCCUCUGAAAUGAAAUAAUAAAGACGUGUUUUAUUUAAGGAGAAAGGAAUGACCAAUUGAACCUUCUCAUUCCCCAAGAAGUCCCUUUGCUGAUCCCUGCUGGCCAGAGUGGCCCCUCCACAGUCCAACCCACAGGGAUCAGUCUCUGGGCUGGUUAGUGGUCACGUGUUUGUUUCCGCCCCAUUUCCCUGGAAGACCCACCUCUCCCCUAGGCCGGCUUGGCUAGCCUGGGGACCCCAAGACUAUCUGACCACUCAGGUGGAACUGUGGUGGGCAGAGGGGUUGGGGGGUGGUCAGAGUGUCCUCAGAACCACUCCCAAGAGGCUGCUCAUGGUUCAGUGAUGUUUUCCCAAAUCACCUAAAUACCGGUUUGCUUUUUGUUUUAUUGGGAUUUAGCCUCUUUCUUCCCUGUUUUAGAGUUUUCUAUCUUGGCACUAUUCUGGAUAGACUGCAGUUGGGAAUAUGGAGGAGUUUGCUGGAGUCCGGGGUCCUUCAAAGUUGCUUUAGAUUCUUCAGCGGAAUCAGCAAUCUUACAUGUUUGUGGGUGUAAGAUAGAUAGAUUGGAAUUCACCUUCAAAGCACUGUUCCCUCUAACCCGAGAUUCUGUGGCACCUUAGGACCCCCCUCCACCCUCCCCUGGCAGCUGGUGAGGACAGCAGGGGGCAGCUGUGUGCUUCUGUGGUGGGGGGCCCAUGUCUGGGGGGCAGGGGUGGGUGCUCAGGCGAGCAGUGCCGCAGGCCUCGAAAGCCUUGCUGGAACAGCUGGACGGGACCUUAGCAUGGUCCGCCACCUCUGUCAGUCAGUCAGUCAAAGCCAAGAUGGAGCAGAGCUGGGAAGCAGUUUGCUUGCUGUCAUGCCCAAGUAUUCAUGGGACAAGAGCAGAACAAUCGCUGCCAAAGGAGAGGGCGACAGACAUCCUUUCUACCGUAGUUGCUGUCACAACCUUGAUGUCCUUAAGCUAAUGGCCGUUUGCGUGUGUGUCUUCAAACAGCUCCUGGUACAACCGUUUUCUACUGUUCACUUCUGGGGUUACGUAGUGCGGGAGUCUGCAAAUAAGGUGUCGCUGUCCAAAUGUACUGUACCUGCAUCGAGAACACUGCUUUGGUUUCCAAUGUUGUAGAGAAAACUAGGGAGAACUUUAUUUUUCAAUAAACUUUUGCUGUGUGA